AUGAAAGGUAAGAAAUUUAUAUUAUUAUUUGGGAUAAUUUUAUACAUCAUCUAUGGAAGAAUAAUUCAUUCUCUAAUGAUUGGAGAACAAAGAACUUAUCAAAAUAUUGAAGAUUAAAUUGUUAUAAUUACAGGAGCAUCAACUGGAAUAGGAAUGGAAGCAGCUAGAGAAUUUGCAAAAUUAUAAGCUACUGUUAUUUUUGCAUGUAGAGAUAAAGAAUCAACAGAAAAUAUAAUUAAUGAAUUAAUCUAAUCAACUAAAAAUAAUAAAUUAUACUUCAUUUAAUUAGACUUAGAAUAAACAAACAGUAUAAUCUCUUUUGUUGAACAAUUUAAAAAACAGUUUAAAUAUUUGAACAUACUUAUUAAUAAUGCAGGCAUUGCAGAUUUUGAUAUAGAAUAUGUAAGUGGAAUUGAAAAAAUAGUAAAAGUCAAUUAAAUAGGUUGGGUCUUAUUGACUCAUUAACUUAUUGAUUAUUUUAAUGAGAGAGGCAGAAUAAUUAAUAUAGUUAGUCAUAUGUACACUUGGAUUUAAGAAAAAGUAGACAUAUUAAAAGCAUUCAAAGGUGACUUAAAUUAUAGAUAUGCUAUCAGUCAAUAUUUCAAGGUCUCUUCAUCUUUAUAUUUAUAAUAAUUAUUAAAAGAAUAAAACAAAGAUAUAAAAGUAUUAUUAGUGGCACCUGGAGCUGUAAAUACAGAAAUCUAUGAAAAGAGUUUAAAAAAUUAAUUUAUCCUUAGAUCAUUAGCCAUGGUGAUGAAAUUUAUUAUGGCUCCAUUUUUUUUAAGUCCAAAUGAAGCUAGUUAAACAUAUUUAUAUGCAGCUCUUAGAACUUAUGAUUAAAUCAGAGAUGAAGAAUUAUAUAAUUUUAAUAAAGUGGGAAAACUUAAUUAAGAUAUGAUUCAAUUUAAUUAAGGUUAAGAAAUAUAUGAAACUAGUUUGAAAUUAGGAUUUAAAGAUAUAGAACUACCUAAAAUAAAAAAAAUUAAAUUAAAUUACAAAUAAUUUGGAAAUAAUCAAAAAUCUUCAUGGCCUGAAUGCUUUGGAAAAACUGUUUAAUAAGCAAUUUUAAUAAUAAAAAAAGAUGGGCCUAAUUUGUUGAUUUAAGUAUUACCUGAAGGUUCCAUUGUAACUAUGGAUUAUAGAAGAGAUCGAGUUAGAAUUUUUCAUAAUUCAUAAGGGAUUGUAAUUUAAGUUCCUUCUAUUGGAUGA